AUGGCACCCUCUCUCUUCCCAACCUCCGCCGAAAACUUUGCAGAUAUGGAGGGCAAACAUCUCAUCGUCGUCGCCAACCGUCUACCCAUCACAAUCACGAAAGAUGCUUCAGGCGAAUACCACUUCAAAAUGUCUUCGGGAGGGCUCGUAUCAGCCCUCUCCGGUUUCAAGAAGUCGCUGAGCUUUACCUGGAUCGGUUGGCCGGGUUUUUACAUUCCACCGAAAGACAGAGCUUACGUCGACAAGCGUCUAAUGGAAGAAUAUUCUUGCCAAGCCGUAUAUCUUGACGAUGACGUCGCAGAAGGGCAUUAUAACGGCUUCUCCAACUCUAUUUUGUGGCCAUUAUUCCAUUACCAUCCAGGAGAAAUGAACUUUGAUGAGGAGAAUUGGCUCAUGUACCGUCAGGCCAACUUCCGAUUUGCGGAAACAGUACGCUCGCAAAUCACACCCGGGAGCAUGGUAUGGGUGCAGGACUAUCACCUUAUGCUCCUUCCCAUGAUCCUACGCGGCCUCCAAGAGCUGACGAAGAUCGCGGAAGGUAUUGAAGAGGAAGUUAAUAUCUCCUCUGAGAGAAUACCCGACGUCAAGAUAGGGUUCUUCUUGCACACACCCUUCCCCAGCAGCGAAAUUUAUAGAAUCCUCCCUGUUCGUCGUGAAAUUCUGCUGGGUGUCCUGUUCUGCGACCUGAUUGGCUUUCACACUUACGACUAUGCUCGUCACUUUUUGUCUUCUUGCACGCGCAUCUUGGGCUUGCCCACUAUGCCAAAUGGUGUUGAGUUUGAAGGUCGCUUAGCUCACGUUGGAACAUUCCCUAUUGGCAUCGAACCUGCUUCAUUCAUCAAGAACCUAGAGAAAGAAUCCGUUAAAUCUCGCAUCGCUCAACUGGAACAGCGUUUCAAUGGUGUCAAAGUCAUCGUUGGGGUUGAUCGUCUCGAUUACAUCAAAGGCGUUCCCCAGAAACUACACGCCCUCGAACUCUUUUUGACGCAGCACCCUGAGUGGAUCGGUAAAGUGGUGUUGGUCCAGCUCGCUGUGCCGUCCAGGCAAGACGUCGAAGACUACCAAAACCUACGAUCGACGGUAAACGAGCUCGUCGGUCGCAUCAACGGUCGGUUUGGUACAGUCGAAUUCAUGCCGAUACACUUCAUGCACAAGAGUCUGCCAUUCGACGAGCUGUGCGCCCUUUACGCAAUUAGUGACGUUUGUUUGGUGACGAGUACGAGAGAUGGAAUGAAUCUGGUCUCGUACGAGUAUAUUGCUUGCCAGCAGGCUCGUCAGGGUGCAAUGAUCCUCUCCGAAUUCGCCGGAGCCGCACAGAGUCUCAACGGAUCAAUCGUCGUGAACCCGUGGGAUCCUCAACAAGUCGCUGACGCGAUUCACGAAGCUGUCACGAUGGAUACGGAGACGCGUGCCGAGAACCACCGCAAGCUUUUCAAAUACGUCAAUAAAUACUCCGCGGCCUUUUGGGGCACGAGCUUCAUCAAGGAAAUGGGCAAGUUGAAACAAGACGAUGUGGACAAGGAGGGUCAAGCCGAGUUGAAGCCCAAGAACGACGAAGGGGCUGGUAGCGACCUCGUUCGGGGACAAGUGCCUACGCCACAGGUGGUAAGCCCGGGUGUAUAG